AUGUUUGAGGAUAUACCAUUAAUCUAUAUGAGCAUAAAAACUCUAAAAUUUUGGUCUUUAAUUUACGAUAGGAGUUGGAGACGUCUAGUUUGUUUAUCGAUGACAACAUUUAUGGUAUUAACGCAGUUUUCUUAUAUAUUUCAAACUGAUGAAGGUAUUCAAGCAAUUAUUAGAAAUGCAUAUUGCACAGUUUUAUGGUUCAACACCAUCUUUCGUGCUUAUAUGUUAUUACUACACGGGGAAAGAUACCAAAAUUUAAUUGCUUUAAUGGUAAAAUACUAUAAUGAAUUAAGGCAAUCUAAAGAUAUGUAUAUAAAACACCUUCUCGAUGAGGCUGAUGGAAACGGUAAAAUAAUGGUACGCGGAAACCUUUUUCUUGGCUUACUUACUUCCAUUGGAUUUGGUUGUUAUCCAUUGUUUGCAAAUGAGAGAGUCUUACCAUUCGGUUCCAUGAUUCCUGGAAUAAAUGAGUUAAAAACUCCAUUUUAUCAAUUUUGGUACGUAUACCAGAUGACAAUGACGCCAAUAGGUUGCUGCAUGUACAUACCAUAUACAAGUCUGGUCGUUGGUCUAAUAAUGUUUGGUAUUGUUAUGUGCAAAUCGCUUCAAUACCGGUUAAAAACUCUGAAGAAUAUUGAAUAUAAUUCGCAUCAAUCAAUACAAAACAGUGUAAUUGAAUGCAUAAAAUAUCAAAAUCGUAUUAUAAGAUAUAUUGAAGUUAUUAAUCAGCUUACAACGUACGUAUUUCUAAUAGAGUUUUUGGCGUUCGGUACAUUGCUCUGUGCACUUUUAUUCCUUCUCAUAAUUAUUGAUUCUACUGCGCAAACAGUGAUCGUUUGCGCAUAUAUCAGUAUGACAUUUGCACAGAUCUUAGCUCUGUACUGGUAUGCAAAUGAACUACGAGAGCAAAAUUUGGCAGUUGCUGCAGCAGCAUAUGAAACAGAUUGGUUCUUAUUCGAUACUUCAACACAAAAAUAUAUUCUCUUAAUAAUAAUGCGUGCACAGCGACCAAGUACCAUUAAAGUUGGAGAUAAUUAUCCGAUGACUUUAGAAUUAUUUCAGUCAUUGCUUAAUGCUUCAUACACAUACUUUACUUUGUUAAAAAGAGUGUAUGGAUAA